AUGUUGAGAAGGGUACCGAGGUUCAGACCUCAAUUGAGGUUGAAAUAUGAAGUGGCAUCUCCUCUCAAGCAGACGUACGAAGUGAACAAGACACGAGAUAUGCUGGCGAAAUAUCCAGGAGGUUCGGUGGAUUUGAUUAUGGAUGAUAAAACUGGUAUUGCCACCAUGACGCUUAAUAAUCCCACCAAAAAAAAUUCCAUGACAGGUCAAAUGAUGCUAGAUUUUGAAAAAUGUGUUCAAAAGUUAGAAAAUUGGGAAUCUGGAAAAGGACUGAUUUUUCAUGGCGCCGAUGGGACAUUUUGUACUGGUGGUGAAUUAAACUUUGUGAAACAAAUUUUGACUCCAAUGCAUGGAUUCUACAUGUCCUGUUUCAUGCAUACAAUAGUUUCUAAUUUAUAUCAACUUCCGUUUUUAUCAGUAGCAGUUAUUGAAGGCAAUGCUCUUGGUGGAGGUGCUGAACUAACGACUGCAUGUGAUCUACGCUUUAUGACUAAAUCAGCCAAAAUUGGUUUUGUGCAAUGUAAAAUGGGGGUCACUCCAGGUUGGGCUGGGGGCAUGCUACUUACAAAACGUAUUGGUAGAAAAAAUGCAUUACAUUUACUGUAUUCAGGAGUCUUAGUUGAUAGUGAAAACGCCUUGAAGAUGAACCUUGUGGAUGAAGUAAUUCCUGAUAAUGAUCCUAUAGACUAUGCCAGGAAUUGGCUCCAAGAAUAUCUAGGAACUCUGAGUCCUAUCGUUUCUCAGAGCAUCAAACAAGUAGUGUGUAACACUGAGGAAUCUGGAGUUCAGCUGUGUUUAGUAAAAGAAAGGGCAAUAGUUAAGAAAUUGUGGGGUGGAGCUGAUCAGCUUAAGGCCAUUAAAAAAUCCAUCAAACACAAAUAA